CACCCGCCGCGGGCCGCGUCGGCGUCGGCAUCCGUCGCCACAAAACUCUCCUCGCAAGCGUCGCCGCCCCGCACAGAUCAACCGCUCGAAAUUUGGGGGAAGCAAGCGAGAGCAGCAGCAAGCCUCAUCGGGAAGUGGAGAGAUGGAGGCGGCGGGUCGCCUCCCCCUCCUCAUCGUCUCCUCCCUCCUCCUGCUCCUCUCGCCGGAGCGGCCGGCGGAGGCCGCGCCGCGGCGAAUCCAGCCGCUCGCCACCGCCGCGCUGAGCCGCCUCUACGACACCUCCAACUACGGCAGGCUGCAGCUCAACAACGGCCUCGCGCUCACUCCGCAGAUGGGGUGGAACAGCUGGAAUUUCUUCGCCUGCAACAUCAACGAGACGGUCAUCCGCGAGACAGCUGACGCCCUGGUGUCCACGGGACUGGCUGCGCUGGGCUACAACUUCGUCAAUAUCGAUGAUUGCUGGUCAUACGUGAAACGUGGAAAGCAGGAUCAAUUGCUGCCUGAUCCAAAGACUUUCCCUUCAGGCAUCAAAGCCCUUGCAGAUUAUGUGCAUGGAAAAGGUCUGAAACUUGGUAUAUACUCUGAUGCUGGGAAAUUUACUUGCCAAGUUCGACCUGGAUCACUCGGUCAUGAAAAUGACGAUGCUGCGAUCUUUGCUUCAUGGGGUAUUGAUUACCUGAAGUAUGAUAACUGCUACAAUUUGGGAAUUAAGCCUCAGAAAAGAUAUCCUCCUAUGCGAGAUGCUCUUAAUUCAACUGGGCGCCAAAUAUUCUACUCUUUGUGUGAAUGGGGACAGUAUGAUCCAGCCUUAUGGGCUGGCAAAGUGGGCAAUAGUUGGCGUACAACUGACGACAUAACGGAUACAUGGAAAAGCAUGACAGACAUUGCUGAUAAGAACAACAAGUGGGCAUCAUAUGCUGGACCUGGUGGUUGGAAUGACCCAGAUAUGCUGGAAGUAGGCAAUGGUGGCAUGACCUUAGCAGAGUAUCGCUCACAUUUUAGCAUAUGGGCUCUCAUGAAGGCCCCUCUAUUAAUUGGCUGUGAUGUCAGAAACAUGACUUCUGAAACAAUGGAAAUACUGAGCAACAAAGAAGUAAUUCAAGUAAACCAAGAUCCUCUUGGAGUUCAAGGAAGAAAAAUUUUAGGACAAGGAAAAUAUGGAUGCCGUGAGGUGUGGGCUGGUCCCUUGUCUGGGAAUCGGCUUGUUGUUGCUCUGUGGAACCGUUGUUCAGAUACUGCUAACGUUACAAUGAAACUGCCAGCAGUAGGCCUUGAUGGGUAUGCUGCCUAUUCUGUUAGGGAUCUGUGGAAGCACGAAACUAUAUCGGAAAAUGUCGUAGGAACUUUUGGCGCUCAAGUUGACGUGCAUGACACCAAUAUGUACAUCUUUUCUCCUGCAACCAUUGUCGCUUCGGUUUGAUCAGGACCGGUGGAUCCAAGAUGACAGCACCGCUAUGAUUCAAGGAUAUGUCACGACAACAAGGGCCUUCGUUUUUCCUGCUGCAUUCUGUUCCACCCGAGUGCAGAAGUCCACUUCGUGCAGAACUGUCUCAGUGAUGUUUGUAUUUCUCACGGAAUAGCUCUAUUUAUCUCAAGAUUGAGCAAGCUCGAGGCUUACUCGGUGUACCGGCGUUGUAUCCUUGGGGCAUCCAAGAUCUUGUACGAUUUGAAACAGUCUGAACCAAUGAUGUAAAACAAGAUAGUG